AUGGCUUUCGUAAAAGAUGCUUUCAUUAAGAUCAAAAACGAUAUUGAACAUUUAGGUGAAAAGGAAUGGCAUAAUUGGGGUGAAAAUCAGGAAUGUACUCCUGAUCAAAUUUUUCGUCCUGUUAAUUUACAUGAUUUAAAAGCAAUAGUAAAAAAAGCAAAAAAACGUAAUAAGAAAAUUCGUUGUGCUGCUGCUGGUCAUAGCUGGAGUAGCCUUAGUGUUACCAAUGGAUAUUUGGUAAUAGUUAAUGAUUUGAAUGAUAUUAAAAUUCAUUAUAAUGAGAAGUUGAAAACUUGGACAGUCACCACCGAAGCAGGUGUAUAUCUUAAAGAUCUCGUUGUUAAGUUAAGGAAUCAUGACCCUCCAUUAACAUUUGAUUCUUUGCCUGUAUUGACUACUGUGACAACCUCUGGCAUUGUAUCAACUGGUUCUCAUGGCGCGAGAUGUGCAAGUUCAAAUGUCGCGGAAAAAGUAAUCUCUUUUCAAAUUGUAACAUCCAAUGGUGAACUUCGUGAGUUUUCUGAUGAGAUAGAUCCUGUCGAAAUGAGUGCUGCUAGAAUCAGCCUUGGUCUCUUAGGAAUUAUAUAUAAGCUCACUUUCAGAGUCGAACCAAUGUUUAAUUCGAAAAUGAAAGAUAGAUUUCCAAAAAUUUCAGAUUAUUGGAAAGCGGAAAACCUCAAAAAUGACGUAUUGAAUUGUGAAAGUGUUGAAAUUUUUUAUAUGCCAUUCAAUGCAUCUGGUCUUGAAGAAAAAAAUGAUAAGCUUUGGGUAAAAACCUGCAAAAGAGUCGAUAUGAAUGUUACAGAGAGUCAACUCGAGUUAAAAUUAAAGUCGGCCUUUCAAAUUUUCGGACUCAAAUUUGGAGAUCAUCUUUUUGAAUUCAUUACUAAAUGUCCAGAAUCCACUCCAUACAUUACUAAUCUUGUCUUUAAUGUUGGUCUUAAUCAUGAAAGUGAAGAGAUUCUACAAGCACCUGAUGCCAUUCAUUUUCAGACCGGUGUCGAUAACUUUCCUUGUAUGGACCUUGAGUUUUCCUUCAAGGUCAACCAUGUUUAUGAAUUAGCUGCAAUUAACAAGUAUCCGUUAAAUAUUACAGCAGAAUUUCGAAUCAAUAAGGCGUCCAAAUGUCUGCUUGCUUCGACAUAUGAUGAAGACCCAGAUGCGUAUUACUGCUUAAUGGAGAUUUUGUCUGUUAAUGGUACUCAAGACUUCCUUGAUUUUUCAAUUGAACUAGCCGAAAGAUGGAUGAAGAAAUAUAAUGCUCUACCACAUUGGGGUAAAAUGUGGGAGCAUGUGCCUGGUAUUAUUCCAUAUAUACGUAAUAAUAUUAGAAAACGCCUGGAUGAGUUUGAAAAGGUCAGGGCGAAGUAUGAUCCUGAUGAAUAUUUCUUUGAUAAUGAGUCUUUGAGACAAUUAUUUGUAAACAAAGAAUAA